CAGGAAGAGAAGGUUCCAUGGAAGAACCUUACCCUACUCUAACCAAGUCACAAUGGCUGAAGCUCUGAGGGGGAUCAGGCAACCGGACCCAGGAGGAGAGGAGGAAGUCCAAGAAGAGUUGGAUGCCGGUUAUCCCUAUUCCAACUUACCUGACUUCACCCAGCCAUCACCGCCCUCCACUCCAGCCAGCCUCCCCUCGAACCAUCGCUGCGGGCCCUCCGAUGCCACCAAGGGUCUGUUUGUGGCCCUGCUGGGUGGAGGACUGUCUGCCGGCUUCGUGGGCCCGUUCUCCCGUAUGGCUUACCAGACCUCCCAUUUGCCCUCGCUGGAGUUGCUCAUCUUCCGAUGCAUCUUCCACCUCCCCAUUGCCUUGUUACUUAAGUUUCGUGGCGACCCGCUGCUGGGACCUCGUGACGUUCGGGUUCGGGCCUUCCUUCACGCCAUGCUCAACGUCCUCAGCAUUGGAUGUGCCUACAGUGCGGUCCAGGUGGUGCCUGCAGGCAACGCGGUCACUGUUCGCAAAGGUUCUUCCACCGUGUGCUCGGCCCUCCUGGCACUCUGCCUGGAGAGCCAGGGUCUCAGUGGCUACGCCUGGUGCGGCCUGUUUGGCAGCACCCUCGGACUGAUCAUCAUUGUGGGACCCGGACUGGGGACAUUGCAAGAGGGGACUACAGGCCUCUACACAGCCCUGGGCUACGUACUGGCUUUCCUGGGAGGUCUGGCACUGUCACUGGGGCUACAGGUUUAUCGCUCUCUACACUUCCCCUCCUGCUUACCAACAGUGGCCUUCCUCUUCGGCCUGGUGGGGCUGACGGUCUCUCUACCAGGCCUCUUUGUGCUGCAGACACCUGUGCUACCUCAAGACCCCCUGAGCUGGAGCUGUGUGGUGUCCGUGGGGCUCCUUGCGCUGGUUUCUUUUGUGUGUGUGAGCUACGCGGUCACCAAGGCCCACCCUGCCCUGGUAUGCGCUGUCCUGCACUCCGAGGUGGUGGUGGCGCUGAUGCUGCAGUAUUACGUGCUCUAUGAGGCUGUGGCACCUUCUGACAUCAUGGGGGCAGGGGUUGUGCUGGGCAGCAUCGCCGUCAUCACCGCCCAGAACCUCAGCUGUGAGAAGGAAGGGCAAAUGGAGGAGUGAAAUCCAACUGGAGAGCCCGGGGGAGGGGGGGGCAGGGGUAAUGGGAGGAGAGACUGGAAUAAAAACUAUGGAAGCACAAAUGCCUCAAAAAGGACUGGUGUGGAGGGCCAGUGAGAUGGCUCAGCAGGUAAAGGCUGGUGCCACGAAGCCUGACAACCUGAGUUCCAUCUCACAUGGGAGGGGAAGAGAACAGACGUCCACAAAUUAUCCUUUCUCCAUGUGCGCUGCGGUCUGCUCACACACACACAGAAUAAAAAAUGUA